CCCAGACCAGCAGAGGCAGCCGCCGGAGCAGCCGCAGCCUGCGCCCUCUCCCGCUCGCCCGCCCCCCGCCGCCGCCCUCACCCGCCCCGGGGUCUCUGUCCCCCUUCCUCCUCCUCCUCCACCCCCCUCCUCCGCUCGCCCGCGGGGGUCCCCCUGGCCUUCCCGCCCGCCCCUAUUGUUCCACCCCGGCCUCCCGCCCUUCCCCUUCCCGCCCGCUCCCCUCCCCCCCCCCCCCCAGUCUCGCCUCGCGCCUGCAGUUUGGCCUUCACCCCUACCAGUGACCAAAGACUUGACCACUCGAAGUCCAGCUCCCAAGAACAUUGCUCGACAUGGACACCGGUGUGAUUGAAGGUGGAUUAAAUGUCACUCUCACUAUUCGGCUACUUAUGCAUGGCAAGGAAGUUGGCAGUAUCAUUGGAAAGAAAGGAGAAUCUGUUAAGAAGAUGCGCGAGGAGAGCGGUGUACGUAUCAACAUCUCAGAGGGGAAUUGUCCUGAGAGAAUUAUCACUUUGGCUGGACCCACUAAUGCCAUCUUCAAAGCCUUUGCUAUGAUCAUUGACAAACCGGAAGAGGACAUCAGCAGCUCUAUGACCAACAGCACAGCUGCCAGCCCACCUCCAGUUACCCUGAGGCUUGUGGUUCCUGCGAGUCAGAGUGGCUCUCUCAUUGGAAAGGGUGGUUGCAAGAUCAAGGAAAUACGAGAGAGUACAGGGGCUCAGGUGCAGGUGGCAGGGGACAUGCUCCCCGACUCAACUGAGCGCGCCAUCACUAUUGCUGGCAUUCCUCAGUCGAUCAUUGAGUGUGUUAAACAGAUCUGCGUGGUCAUGUUGGAGUCCCCCCCGAAGGGCGUGACCAUCCCGUACCGGCCCAAGCUGUCCAGUUCUCCGGUCAUCUUUGCAGGUGGUCAGGCUUAUACCAUUCAAGGACAGUAUGCCAUUCCACAGCCAGGUUUGACCAAGAUGCACCAGUUGGCAAUGCAACAGUCCCAUUUUCCCAUGACGCAUGGCAACACCGGAUUCAGUGGCAUUGAAUCCAGCUCUCCAGAGGUGAAAGGCUAUUGGGGUCUGGAUGCAUCUGCUCAGACUACUUCUCAUGAACUCACCAUUCCAAAUGAUCUGAUUGGCUGCAUUAUUGGGGGUCAAGGCGCCAAAAUCAAUGAGAUCCGUCAGAUGUCUGGGGCGCAGAUCAAAAUUGCGAACCCAGUAGAAGGAUCUACUGACAGGCAGGUUACCAUCACCGAAUCUGCUGCCAGCAUUAGCCUGGCUCAGUAUCUAAUCAAUGUCAGGCUUUCCUCGGAGACGGGUGGCAUGGGGAGCAGCUAGAACAAUGCAGAUUCAUCCAUAAUCCCUUUCUGCUGUUCACCACCACCCAUGAUCCAUCUGUGUGGUUUCUGAACAGUCAGCGAUUCCAGGUUUUAAAUAGUUUGUAAAUUUUCAGUUUCUACACACUUUAUCAUCCACUCGUGAUUUUUUAAUUAAAGCGUUUUAAUUCCUUUCUCUGUUCAGCUGUUAAUGCUGAGAUCCAUAUUUAGUUUUAUAAGCUCCCCCCUUUUUUUUGGCUCAUGAAUUUUUCUGUUUGUCAUGGAAAUGUAAGAGUGGAAUAUUAAUACAUUUCAGUUUAGUUCUGUAAUGUCAGGAAUUUUUCAAAAAAAAAUUAAAAGAUGGACUGGA